AGUUGGAUUGUUUUUUUAACAAACUUCAGGAGCCCCUCUGUGCUGAUUGAAUUGAGAAAAGAAGUAGAGAAAAACAGGGAUUGCUUCAGGAACCCUAAAUAAAGAAAAAUCGGUCAGUUAGAAAUGGUGAGAGGAAGUGAAAUUCUUUCAAAAACCGGUAUCAGCAAGACACUUGUUGAAAUCAUGGUCUGCCCUCUUUCUAAACAACCAUUAAGUAGGUUCUGUCAGAAAUCAAAUUCACUCAUCAGUGAUGCUAUUGGUGUGUCUUAUCCUAUAGUGGACGGGAUUCCACAUCUGGUGCCUCAUGAUGGUAAGAUGAUUGAUUCAGAUACUGCAACUGUGCCCAAUGAUUCUGUGGAUUCAUCUGACUCUAAAAAGGAUAGUUGAAGAGUGUGCUACUAAAAUAAUGUGCUCAUAUAUAGAAGAUGGAGCCCUCUUAUUCCGAGUUUUUAGAUUGCAGAAGACGCAUGUGACGGUGAGAACUAAUAUAUGUAUGCUCAUAGUUUUUACUGACAGUCUAGAGCUUAUUGAUUAUUACCAUGGUGAAUGAACCAGAACUUCUUCUGCUGCUGAAUAUAUAGAUUUUUGACAGAAUGCGUGUGCUGUAUUGUGGUUAGGGUUCGAGAUUCAGCUCUUUUAUUUUGAUUGUUCUUUUUGCUUAUGUAAAACUUGCUGCUGAGAUGAACAUGAUUAUGAGUAGCUUUUUCUUAGCUUC